AUGCCGGACGGCUUAUUGGCGGAUGAGGCCUUGACCAAGGACCUCGUAGGUCUCAUAUCCAUCCUUAAUGUUAAUUGCCGAGUAGCAUUUCAAGACCUCUUGGACCAGAUGCUAGUAACGAACCCAGACAACCCGGUUGCAUGCAUAAUCUCAGAUGAACUAUUUCACUUCACACAAUCUGUCGCAGACCAUUUCAAGCUCCCAAGAAUCAUCUUGAGGACGAACAUUGCCACCACCUUCUCUAUCAUUGCUGCCUUGCCAGUUCUCCGGCAAAAGGGAUACUACCCCAUACAAGAUCAUCCCAACUCAGAUGGCCCAUUGCCAGACCUUCCCAACCUACGAAUCAAAGACCUACCAGUCUUCAGUACAUCCAACUUGGACACAUUGUUUCAGUUGAUAGACCAGUUGAUCAUGGCCACAAGGAUCUCUUCAGGGCUCAUUAUCAACACUAUAGAUUGCCUUGAACAAACCACAUUGGCGGAAUUCCGCCACGAUUUCCAGAUUCCUGUCUACCCAAUCGGGCCGCUCCACAAGCACUUGACGGAGACGUGCAACUCCAGCAGCCUGCUAAUGGACGACCACGGCCGCAUCACUUGGCUAGACCGACAAGCACCGAGAACCAUUAUCUACGUGAGCUUUGGGAGUAUAGCUGCAAUGGACAGGAGUGAACUGAUUGAGACCGCAUGGGGCCUGGCCCACAGUGGCCAGCCAUUCAUGUGGGUGGUCCGGACUGGCUUAGUUCGUGGCUCCAAGUGGGUCGAGUUUCCUGAGGGGUUCGAAGACAUGGUAGGCGAUCGAGGCCUUAUUGUCAAGUGGGUUCCACAACAGGAGGUGCUGGCUCAUCCAUCAGUGGGAGGUGUUUGGACACAUUGCGGAUGGAAUUCAACGCUGGAGAGCAUAUGUGAAGGGGUCCCCAUGCUUUGUUGGCCAUGUUUCGGGGACCAAUCCGUGAAUGCCAGGCUGGUAAGCCAUGUUUGGAGGGUGGGGAUUCGACUAGAGCAUGGGUUGGACAGAGACAAGAUAGAGUGGGCCAUUAGAAAACUAAUGGUGGGACAGGAAGGCGAGGGGAUGAAGGAAAGGAUCGAGGAUCUGAAGGAGAAUGUGGACCGUUGCCUGAGGAAAAGAGGAUCUUCUAACCAGUCUUUGAACAAUUUGAUUGAUUUCAUCUUGGCCAUCUAA